AUGACAGAUCUAGGCCAAGAUUACGGCGACUUCGUCAACUUAGACGACGAGUGCGAGGUUGAGGACGACAGUGAACCCCGCAACCACUACUGCAGAAGGUAUUCCUACCCCGUCUACAUAGGCGAGGUCCUCGGCGAGUGGUAUCGUAUCGAGCACAAGCUAGGCUGGGGAGGCUACUCCAGGAUCUGGCUGACCCAGGACACGACAUACACUCCUGAUAUACUCCGCAAACAAAGAUCGAUCUUAAAUUGCACACAAUUGGAGCAGGCAACGUGGGACUCCGCAAACGUCAGCCAGGCGUCCAUGUUGCGUGCCGUCUUUUCCAGGAUUCAUUAUUCAAGCCAACUCGUGCCUCUCGUAGUUCUCUUCCUCUUCCUCGGCAGCCUCGGGUUUAUCGGCUACCACAUUUACCUCAGCGCGACGAAGAUCCAGGAGACGGCGACGGAGCGGAUGGGCCGGAAGAAUGUCGUGUUCACGAAGGACGGACUGCGCGUGGGCGUCAAGGAGAUGAAGAAUGAGAACUAUGUGGACAAGACCCAGAGCUGGGUCGUCAAGGCGUGGAAUCUCAGUGGCCAGGGAAUCGAAGACAAGAGUAGCAAGAAGAAUAAGAAGACGAACUAA